AUGGACCGUUCGACCCUAUACAGCGCGACAGUGUACACUCUGUUCGGACUGGCCUCUGUCUUCACCAUUGCACGGGUGCUUUCGCGAUGGCCCAGACUUACUGGCRUGGGACUUGGACGGGAUGAUUGGGUCAGCUUGUCGACUUACGCUUGUCUUGUCGGACUGACCGUGGCCAAUUUCUACAAGCUCUCAAAUGGACUGGGCCAAGACGUGCAUUUGCUGUAUGCAGACGUUGUCGAGAGAUUCUUACUUUGGACCUACAUAUCGCAGCACUUCUACAUCGCGGCCAUCUUUGGCUCCAAGUUAAGCGUCGUACUUCUAUACCUUCGAGUGUGGCCUGAGAAAUCGAGCUUCCGCACGGCGUGCCGGAUACUGGCUCUCGCUCUGUCAUGUGCAUUCAUUGCAUUCGAAAUCGCCGCGAUUGUUCAGUGCCUCCCAAUAGCCGACAGUUGGGCGUACUCGUCGAAGGUCGCAAGUGCAUGCGUCGAUAGACAUGCAUAUACAUACAGUCUCGCUGGUGUCGACAUCGCUUUCAACGCUAUUGUGCUGCUUUUCCCAGUGGCACACCUGUUGAAGUUCGAGGCACCUUCUCCACGCAAAAUUUGUGUUUUUGCCGCAUUUCUUGUCGGCCUAGUAGUGUUGGCCAUUAGUGCGGUCCGACUCAAUUACCUGGACAGAAUUACGACAUCGAACAAUGUAACUCGGUACUACAGCUACAUUGAACUGUACAGCAGUAUAGAGGCAAUGCUAAGCCAAAUCUGUUGUUGUAUUCCACCUCUUUCUGGAUUCCUCCGCAGAAACGUUCAAGGCUCCAACCGUCUUCCAAGCCGAGGGCGGAAAAGUUUAUCAGAAUCACAAGAUCAAGAUCGCGGAAGUGGAACCGUUGUUGGCAUCAAAGGCAUCGGGCCAUCCGAACCUGAUGAUCUAGAGAAGGCGCGUCCCGAGACAGCAAGAUCCUUCGAGGAUUUCGAACGAGCACCCUCCCCAACCAUCGGCUUGUCAUCACAUCGAUCCUGGGACGAGACGAUAUUGAGCCGAUCACAAUUUCCGCUGCACCGCAUUUCGCAGCAUCGCCUUUCGCAGCAUUCCUCGCUUCGAUUCGAGCCACCAUCUUCGCAUGUGCUACAACCCAGUGAGACCUCAUCAGAGGUCAGCUCCGAAGAUUUGGAGAUCUUGCACGAGGUGGAUGAAGAUGAAGAUGAAAGUCCGCUGGACGGAGACUCGCCCAUGUCCGAGAUCGGAAUACCCUCAAUCGACGUCCGAAGAUCGUAUCCGCUUCCUCAAUCCGUGGUCCUGUCCACAGAUCUGGUGUCCUUUGAUCAGGACGACCCAUCUUCUACUAGCAGAAAGGAUAUACAUUCUUGGUGA